CUGGUUGGCCGUCUCCCGUGACGUAUAAAAAGUGCGACUGACUUUUUAAACUACCGAGGUAUCCACUUCCCCCAACCACCAUGGUUUUGUUGCCCCCCGUUUUGACAGAAGAAGAGGAAGCUUUACAGAGGAAAUUUGCCAAGCUGAAAAAGAAGAAAAAAGCUCUGCUGGCCCUGAAGAAGCAAACGUCCACCAACCAGACGAGCCAGGCCGGCAUCAAGCGAUCUUUAUCAGACCAGCCCGCCGUGGACACCGCCACAGCCACGGAACAAGCCAAGAUGCUGGUGAAGACCGGCGCCAUCAGUGCUAUAAAAUCCGGGACGAAAAACAGCGGCUUCAAACGCUCGCGGACACUAGAGGGCAAACUCAAGGACCCCGAUAAGGGCCCGGCACCCACUUUCCAGCCCUUCCAGCGCAGCGUCUCUGUAGACGAGGAGCAAGCUGAGGGUUCAAGACGCAACCAGAGGAAGUCUCUCUAUGAGAGUUUUGUCAGCUCCAGUGAGCGCAUGCGAGACCCCGAGCGAGAGGCAGAGGACCGAGAGAGCAACAGGGAGAACCGGCGGGGAGGAGACAGGGAGCCUUUCGAACGAGAACGCGGAAGAGAACGAGACCGCGACCGGGAGAGAGACCGCGAAAGAGACCGAAGCGAAAGAGAUCGAGAGAGAGAACGAGACAGAGAAGGCUUCCACAGGAGGUCAGACUCGUUCCCAGAAUGCCGUGCACCCAGGAAAGGAAACACUGUAUACGUUCACGGCGUGGGCAUGAAGAAGCAGAUGCUCACUGACGCCUUCUCCAAGUUCGGGAAGAUCAUAGACCUGGCGACUGAUCCUCCACGGAACUGCGCUUUUGUUACGUUCGAGAAGAUGGAAUCUGCAGACCAGGCGAUCCAGGAGCUCAAUAACACAAUGAUAGAGGACGUCUCGGUGAAGGUCAGCAUAGCCCGGAAGCAGCCGAUGCUGGACGCAGCCAUAGGGAAGUCUGUGUGGGGUCAGCUAGCCUUCCACAACAGCGCCAAGGGAACCAAUAAGGACAAGAGAGCCCAAGUCAGCUAUUCAGAUGAGGAUUUUUUCAGUGUGGGGUCCACCCCCACUACGGCUACAGAGACCCCCACUACUGAGUAACCGGAGGAGAAGAACGCUUAUGUGGGACAAGAAAGAGGUGUUAGUUGGCUCUUAGAAGUGCAGCUGUGAUGUGUUUAAAGGGGUACUCUGGGGGAAAACCUUUUUUUUUUUUUUUUUUUUAAUGAACUGGUGCCAG